AUGCUUCUUGUCGGGGAUCUAGGGUUUUCGAGCCUGGUCCUUGUGGUCUCAUUCGUUCUUCCAUUGAUCGGCUUUUUCGUUAGGCGGAAAUGGCGGCUAUCUGUAGCCAGGCAAGCGGAGAUCCAGAGGCUUUUGAUUUUGGCCUCGGAGGAGACUGCUAGAGCGGAGCUUGAGGCCACGGUUGGAUAUGGUGCAGUUUCCAUUUCGUGGAACUAUCACCAAUGCGCUGUUUGUUAUUGUCCUGCUACUACUCGCUGCGCCCGCUGUAAAGCCGUUCGAUACUGUUCUCCCAAGUGUCAAAUUAUUUACUGGCGUCGAGGUCACAAGGAAGAAUGUUAUCCGCCUCCGAUUGUUGCACACCAAAUUCAUGAUGAGGGAGGUGAUUACGUUCAGAAGGUGAUAGAGCAAGACCAAUAUGGAGACGGAUAUGAAAACAAAGGAAAGUUGGAUGCAAAGUUAACUAGAACAUCCUCCAAAGAAUCUGCAUUGUUUAACUCCAAAACAGGACUUGCACUGUUGAGUUCCUCUAGCUCUUCUGCGGUUUUACAUGGGAAGGAUGAUGAUGCAAAGGUUGAGCUUCAUGCUGAUGGUGAAGGACUGAACUCUGCUUCUGAAUCUUCCAGUGCUUCAUUUUCUGGAUUCUCUUCUUCUGCUGCUGGUAGUGAAUCAUCUGAUGAUGUUUCUAUGUGUGAGAGCAUAAGUUCAAAUGAGCCUGAUAAAUUAGAUAGUUCUUUUUCUGCUGAUGCUAAUCUUGACACCUUUUGGACUUCGUCUGUUGUCAACAAUUUGGAUCAAACCAAUCCAUCAUCCCCAAAAAUUGUUAGGCUGGUUGAUUCUGGAUCAAUUGUGGAGGGUUCUAGAUUGUCUUCUGGUUUCUGGGACAGAACUCUGAAAUCAGUUCCAUCUACAAAUGUUGCUGACAAUGAGUCUUUUAACUCGUAUCAUAAAAAAGGCGGUAAAGGUGCCUCACUUGAUUCUGGGUCAUCCUUACAUUUUUCGUUUACUUUGUCUGGAAAUGCUUCUUCCUCACAUCCACACAGCUCCAACGUGAAAGAUGCUAAAUUGGAUGAUGCUCCUCAGGUUGCUAAUACUUCAGGGCAUGCCAAGCUUUCUGAUGGAGUAACUUUGUCAGACAAUGUUGGCCUAGAUUCUCUGAAUGUCAGAAACUCCAAGUCUUCAAAUUCUGGAUGGGCUAAUCAGGUGGAGUGUGGGUCUAACAAUAUUUCGCAUGCUGCAAAACCCAAAGAAGCUAUCAGUACAGAUGUUCCACUAGUCAGUUUUGAAAAAUCAGGCUCUACUGCUUUCAUUAAUGGACCUAGCAAUGCUUCUCAUACAUUUAAGUCAUCUGAUGCUUAUUCAUACAAUGCCAGAGUGCUUGUUGUUUCCAGUGUGAAAUCCGGGAAAACUAAUGGCGUUCAUGCAAAAUGUUGCGAAAUUACCUCAGGUUUCAAGUUCUAA